AUGGCUCGACUAGUCAGGACAGCACUCACGAUCACGCUCAAUCCUGGCUCGGUUAGAACAAUGUCUGAAGCACUCCUCGCGGCAUCUGUAGCGUCGGCCACCGCAAUUCCGAUGUCAGCCUUUUUCAAUGCCGGAGCAUCGUUCACACCGUCACCAGUCAUCCCACAAAUGUGCUUCCUCUCUUGGAGUUUCUUCACGAUCUCUUCGUCGAUGGGAAUGGAGGCAAUAGACUCGUCUUUGUUCUGGCCGAGAAGGGCGGAUGAAGGGUACAUGUUGGUGCCCAUUCCGAGUCGUCGGCCAGUCUCGAUUCCGAUCGCCAGCUGGUCGCCGGUGAUCAUCUUCACGUUGACGCCAAGAUCGAGGGCCUUGCUAAUGGUCUCGGCACUGUCAUGUCUUGGCGGGUCGAAGAGUGGCAGAAGGCCAACGAACUCCCAUGGCUCGCCUGCGCUUUCCUUCGUCUUCUCAUUCACGGUCUGCGGAGGGGAAAAAUAA